AUGGAUAUUGAAAAUUGCAACUGUCUAGGAUCAAGAAACAGAAACAUUUGGUCAAGUUAUGAGAGAAUUGGCCAUGACCCUAUUGUAUGUGUCAAUGAGUUCAUGACCAAAAUAAAGAUAGCAAGGUUGAAAACACUAUGGAGGAAGAUCAAGAGAGACAAAAAGAGGAGAAUUACUAGAUCAUCCUCACCUAACUUUGUUUAUGAUCCUUGCUCUUACUUACAAAAUUUUGAUGAUGGUUAUAUCAAUGAUCAUGAUCAUUUUUCAAGGUCAUUUUCAGCUCGAUUUGCAGCACGGUGCUCCAAAAUGAUUGUGAAGAAUAUUGAAGUGAUGAAUGAUGAAGAAAUAUUAGAGAUAAAUGAAGAAAGCUAG